CAUCGAACCAUCUCUGAUCUUUUUUCGCCAUCAAAACCCUAACUGCUUUUGUUUGUGUGUUCAAAAUUGAAACUUCCUGCAUUUAAUUGAUUAUUGUUAUCACUCAGAUCAAAUUUUCUGCAUUUAUUUUCAUUCAUAUUUAUUGUUAUUGCGCCUUUUCCUUUGUUUGAAUGAGGAGGCAUGUUUUAAUGGUGUUAAACACAAUAUACGCAAAUAUCUGAAUGUUACUAUAUAGUUUCUUUUAAAUGAAUUUUCUUGGGUUGUAAUUGGAGUUUGUUAAUUAAAAAGGGUAUUUUGCAACUGUUAGGAUUCCUAAUUAGUAUGAUUUAUCUAUGUUAACAAGAUUGUGCGAAAAUGAAUUCUUAAUAAAAUACUUGAUAUCUUGAUUGUUGCUUGCUAAGGUUAUCUUGGUAGUUACUAAUGAUUUUUAUUUUCCCCUUGACACUUCCUGAUAUUUAGUGAAGAGCUCAUCAAUAUGAUGAUUAUAAUUAAAUAUUUCGCAUUCAAAUACUUGCUGAAACUGUGCUACUUGAUCAUAAUUAAAAGUUCUAAUGCACGAAAAUGUGUGUGUGGGAAUAAAUAAGAGGUUAGUGAUUUUAUUUUAUUUUUUAUUUUUUAUUAUUAUUUUAUUUUAUUAUUAUGGAUUCAUAGGUUUUGAGAGAUGAUUGCUGCUACUAAUCUGGCCUAUCGUUCAGGUUCAAUUUUAUGUAGCAGGCCGCUUGUUUCUAUUCAUCAGUCGAGUAAACUUCAAUUGCGGCUUCUUAAGGUUCCAAUAAAAGCAAUUCCACAUCCUUCUCCCAUUUAUAGAAUCAUUAAAUGUGCAUCGAGUGGAAGGAAUGUACACCAAGCUAUAUCUUCUGAUGGGUCCCAACACGAUUCCUUCUUGCUAAAUAUGGUUAAGGACAUGAUGCGGAGCCUGAGAUCUUUAGCUAUUUUUCUAGCUGAACAGCCUAGCCAACUCAAAUACAUAGAGUGGCCUACUUUCCAAGACACGUGGAAGACUGCUACUCUUACCCUUGUGCUCAUGGCCUUGCUGAUAGUUGCAUUAUCCACGGUGGACUCUUCUCUCUGUUAUGUAUUGACUCUGUUGCUGAGAAGAGCUGCAUAAUAUCAGCAGCGGGCUAAGACUGCAAUGAAGUUCAUCGGUAUGAGGUGAGCCAGAAGGGGAUCAUUCUGGGAUGUACACUGUUGAGAGAUGCUAUUGAUCUCAUAUUACCAUCUCUUUUUUCUCUCUAACAGGCUAUUUGAAUGUAAUGCCUUAAGUUUCCUGCACUAUUUAUUUUUCAAAUAUCUUAAUCGAAAAAUUGUAUUAUUCUGAAUAAAUUUUAUUUUUUUUGUGUCUAAUAAAUUGAAUAGAUUACUUGA